UAUAUGUUAAGAGCUUCAUUGCACCCAAGCUCACUCACCUACUCUUUUCUAAUUGUAUUGUUUUUUUUUUUUUUUUAUUUGAGCUGCAAUGAGAGUUGUUGGUCCCUGUGCUGUGAUUUUCCUCCUGUUGGUUGUUUUUCUGGUGAAUGAUUUUGUUGUUGCAGAGGUUAAUGGAGUGGAAGAAGACAAGCACUUUUUGGGGCGGCAUCCUUUUGGAGGAGGACUUGGGCAUGGGAUUUACAGAAAGGGGUUUAGACAUGGGCGUUUUGGUAGAGGUGGUGGAUUAGGAGGUGGCUUUGGUGGUGGUGCAGGUGGUGGUGCGGGUGGUGGGUUCGGUGGUGGUGCAGGUGGUGGUGCGGGCGGUGGGUUCGGUGGUGGUGCGGGUGGUGGUGCUGGACUUGGUGGGAAUGCAGGUGGUGGGUUCGGCGGCGGGUUUGGCGGUGGUGCAGGUGGUGGUCUAGGAGGCCAUCAUGGUGGGGGGCUUGGUGGAGGAGUUGGUGGCGGUGCAGGUGGCGGUUUGGGUGGUGGUGCAGGUGGUGGAGUUGGUGGUGGUCUGGGAGGCCAUCAUGGCGGUGGCCUUGGUGGCGGAGGUGGAUUUGGCGGAGGAGGAGGAGGUGGGCUUGGAGGUGGCGGUGGAGCCGGUGGUGGAUUCGGUGGUGGAGCUGGUGGUGGUCUGGGAGGCCAUCAUGGCGGUGGCCUUGGUGGCGGAGGUGGAUUUGGCGGAGGAGGAGGAGGUGGGCUUGGAGGUGGCGGUGGAGCCGGUGGUGGAGCUGGUGGUGGUCUGGGAGGCCAUCAUGGCGGUGGCCUUGGUGGCGGAGGUGGAUUUGGCGGAGGAGGAGGAGGUGGGCUUGGAGGCGGCGGUGGAGCCGGUGGCGGAUUCGGUGCUGGUGGUGGAGCUGGUGCUGGGGGUGGGCUAGGAGGGGGAGCCGGAGGAGGAGGCGGGUUCGGCGGAGGCGGCGGUGGAGGCGUGGGAGGUGGUGCGGGAAAAGGUUUUGGUGGCGGGGUAGGUGGUGGUGGCGGUGCCGGAAGCGGAGGUGGAUUCGGCGGAGGCGGUGGUUUUGGUGGUGGAGGAGGCGUGGGGGGAGGAUUCGGAGCCGGUGGUGGAUUCGGAGCUGGUGGAGGCGCAGGCGGUGGUGGUGGACUUGGUGGAGGCGGUGGUGGGGGUUUUGGCGGAGGUGGGGGCGGUGGAGUUGGUGGGGGCGCCGGGUUUGGUGGGGGAGCGGGGUUCGGUGGCGGAGGAGGUCACUAGAACACAUUUCACCUGUGUCUGCAACACCAAAAGUGAUCUCCAUUUGCUAGGCAAUAAAACCAUAAAAGCAGAGAGGGAAGUUUGAUUCCUUUGUUAAUAGUUAAAUCAAUGCUUGGUAUUAAUUAAUUGGUACAAAAUGCUGUUCACAUAGACAGAGAUACAGGGUUCCCUUGUUAAUGAAUCAACAAGCUUGGAAACCUGGCAACCUACAUGUAUCUCACGACCAAUCAAGAUUUCACGUCUUUAGCCCUUUUUCA